AUGGAGAUACGAGCAGCUUCCCUGGCCAGCAAGACUGACAUAGAAAAAAGCGUCAAAGAGCUGGUUAAAGAGAAUAAUCUAAGGCUAGUUGGCAUUUUGGCCCCUCACCAAGAUGUGAGGAAAUCAACUGCGGGAAGUGCUACCGCCAUGUCAACUGAAGAUCUUAUCAAGCUUUACAGUGAACCUGUACCUGCAGCUCCUUCGAGCAAGAAAAAAGGGAGUAGGCCACACCAAGGUGAAAGCAGCAAGAACCCUCCGACGAAAAAAGCUCAGACCGGGGAUCCUCCAGUGCCAGUUCCUUCUUGGGAAACCACACCUCCCCCAGCCCCCCUCGACCAGACAUCUCCCCCAGCCCCCGUUGAUCAGAUCCCUCCUCCAGCAUUUGCAUAUGAGAUGCCUCCUCCAGCACCUGCCGACUAG